UUUCUGCUUUAACUCUUUUUAUUAUUAUUUUGGGAAAUGUCUGAAACAGAAGAUUCCUCAUUACUACCUAAAACUACCGAAACUAGACUAGAAAUACAUUCUUACACCACUAUUAUACAGGACGUCGAGACAGGAACUAUCGUAAUAUCCAAAACAGAAAAGAAAGCUUGGCUUUGGACCAGUAACUCAUAUGCAUGGUCUUUAGCGACACUUGUCUUGCUAUUAUUGACAUUUAGUGCUCUGGAAUAUACCUUAUUAAAGUUAUCUCUACCGGCAAUGAAUCCUGAAGAUAAAGAUGGCAUUAAAUUCCCUAGAAACCUAGAAGAACUUCGUCGACUCAAUGCGAUACUAUCACUCUACAUAGACCACUUUUCAAUACCUGGUUCCAUGUGGCUAUCCAUUCUAGGCGGUACACUCUUUAGUUUCUGGCUGACACUUUUCACCGUUUCAUUGUGCUCUGCGAUUGGAGCAACGAUAGCCUAUAUAAUUUCGGCUAGUUUAGGUUCCGUGGCAGUCAUUAAGCUAAUUGGUGAACGUAUAGAAAAAUGGAAUCAACAGCUUGUACAACAUAAACAACACAUGUUUAACUACAUGAUUGUCUUGAGAAUAUCGCCUUUUCCUCCUAAUUGGAUAGUCAAUCUAGGUUCACCUCAAUUGGGCGUACCCAUUGGUGUAUUUUUUUGGGGCACUUUUUUAGGCGUGGCUCCACCUUCUUUUAUUCACGUGCAAGCAGGCGCUGCAUUAGACAGGCUGUCUUCAUCGGAUAAAUUAGAACUAUUAACUCUGACAAACGCUGCCUGUUUAUUUGCCGUAGCUAUUGUCGCUCUUAUUCCCGUCUUUCUCAAAAAAGAUUCAAUUCAUAAAUUUUCCUUUGUCUUCAUUGUAUCAUACUCAACUGUCAUCAUUCUACAAACUCAAUAAAUUAAAAAAAGAAACUGUUCGUGUCACCUUGCAUCGGAAUUUACUUUUAAUGCAGCUGAAGUUACACUUUCAGGCGAAC